AUGAUAAAGAACAGGAGAAUUUGUUGGAACUCACCAAAUCGGGUUGCGGCGAAGGAAGCUGACGGGAAGGGAGAAGCAAGAAGACGACAACAAAGACCAGUCCACCGGGACCGGCUGCCUCUGCUACCGGCGACGAAGAGCACAGGGAAGGCGCGCGUCCGAGUGCGAGACGAUGACGAGACAGAGAGCGACGACGAUGACCAGUCCCACGGCGACGACGAUAGCGGUGAAGGUGCGCGACUGGGUGCGAGACUGAUAACAGAUAGCGACAACGACGACCAGGUGCGAGACCGAGACAGUGAGAAGCAAGAAGACGACGACGACCACCGCCCGAGGGACCAGAUGCCGGUUCCGUCUGCUUCUGCCGCCGGCAAAGCGAGCGCAGGGAAGGGAGUGCUUGAGCUGACGAGAGCUUGA